AUGACAAAUUUGCCAGAUUGUCUGUCCCAAAGUAAGCCAAUGCCCGAGGUCAUCAUGAAUUUGUGGGAUAAACGUGAUGUACCCAAGGAGAAUCAUUGUCUUUCACUCAACCAAGAAGGGCGAAUUGAAGCCGAAUCAUGUGAAGCCGGCCACGCGUAUGCAUGUCAGGUAACUCUUGUAAAACGAACAUUAUCGUGA